GCCGCGGUGGCCAGAGGCCUGCCCGCUGGGCCCUGUCGCUACGCAGCCUGAAAUACUGCGGCAUCCCGGGUUGAAUUUGGCCUCGCGCCCGGGCGCUCUCGGAGGACCGAAGCGCGGCCCCGAGUGAAGCGAGCACCUGCCGAAGACGAAGCGCGGGCGGGGGUCGCAGGUUCCCUCCCCACUCCCCGACCCCAGCCGCCAGUCGUACUAGCCAGCCCGGGCCACUUCCCGGAGGAGCGAGAUGAACUUCUCCGCCUGUUGAGUGAUGGUUUCCUGACUGAUUGCUUAAUUGGACAACAAAGAAAGCAAGGGAGAAGCAAAGUCCUAAGUGGGCUUUGUCCUGCCUCGUGACCAACUUCUAGUGUCGUGUGCUCAGCUCUGGUACCCAAAAAUUUGGAAGAUGCUCGUAGCAGCAAUGUGCUUGGCCCUUCUGGGCUGCCUGCAAGCCCAGGAAUUCAAGGGGCAUGUUUCCAUAAUCCUGCUGGGAGCAACUGGGGACCUUGCUAAGAAGUACCUGUGGCAGGGCCUGUUCCAGCUGUACCUGGACGAGGCUGGGAAGGGCCAUAGUUUCAGCUUCCAUGGGGCCGCCCUGACAGCCCCCGAGCAGGGCCAGAAGCUCAUGGACAAGGCCUUGGAAUCCCUCUCCUGCCCCAAGGACUUGGCACCCAGUCACUGUGAUGAACUCAAGGGUCAGUUUCUGCAGCUGAGCCAGUACCGCCAGCUGAAGACAGCUGAGGACUAUCAGACCCUGAACAAGGACAUUGAGACCCAGGUCCAGCAGGACGGGCUCUGGGAAGCUGGCAGGAUCUUCUACUUCUCUGUGCCUCCCUUUGCCUAUGCAGACAUUGCCCGCAACAUCAACAGCAGCUGCCGACCGCACCCAGGCGCCUGGCUACGGGUUGUUCUUGAAAAACCCUUUGGCCAUGACCACCUCUCAGCCCAGCAGCUGGCUUCAGAGCUUGGGAGCUUUUUCCAGGAAGAGGAGAUGUAUCGAGUAGACCAUUACCUGGGCAAGCAGGCCGUGGCUCAGAUCCUGCCCUUCCGAGAUCAGAACCGCAAGGCCCUGGACGGCCUCUGGGACAGGCACCAUGUGGAGCGGGUGGAGAUUGUCCUGAAGGAGAUGGUGGAUGCGGAAGGCCGAGCCAGCUUCUACGAGGAGUACGGCGUCAUCCGUGACACGCUGCAGAACCAUCUGACGGAGAUCCUCACGCUGGUGGCCAUGGAGCUGCCCCACAACAUCAGCAGCUCGGCUGCCGUGCUGCAGCACAAGCUCCAGGCCUUCCAGGCCCUGCAGGGGCUGCAGAAGAACAGCGCCAUCCUGGGCCAGUACCAGGCCUACAGUGGGCAGGUGCGCCAGGAGCUGCAGAAGCCAGACAGCUACCAGAGCCUGACACCAACCUUUGCAGGUGUCCUCGUCUACAUUGACAACCUGCGCUGGGAGGGUGUGCCUUUCAUCCUGAUGUCUGGCAAGGCCUUGGAUGAGAGAGUGGGCUAUGUUCGGAUCUUGUUUAAGAACCGGGCGUACUGCACCCAGAGCGAGAGACGCUGGGCGUCGGAGCAGAGUCGGUGCCUGCCCCAGCAGAUUGUCUUCUACAUUGGACAUGGAGAGCUGGGCCACCCCACCAUCUUGGUCAGCCAGAACCUGUUCAAGCCCCAUCUACCUACCCAGAGCUGGAAGGAGGUACACGGCGAGCCUGGGCUCCGCCUUUUCGGCCGUCCUCUAUCUGAUUACUAUGCCUACAGACCUGUGCGGGAGCAAGAUGCCUACUCCACCCUCUUGUCUCACAUCUUCCAUGGCCGAAAGGAGUCCUUCAUCACCACAGAGAAUCUGCUGGCCUCCUGGGUCUUCUGGACCCCCUUACUGGACAGCCUGGCCCUCGAAGUGCCACGCCUCUACCCAGGGGGAGCAGAGAAUGGCCAUCUGUUGGAUUUUGAGUUCAGUGGUGGCCAGCUGUCCUUCUCCCAGCAGCAGCUAGAGGUGCUGAUGCCAGAGUUAGGGUCAGUCCCAAAGCCCAGUGACUUCCAGGUCCUCAGGGCCCAGUACAGACAGAGCCCGCUGGUCACUGCUUGGCCAGAGGAGCUGAUCUCUAGGCUAGCCAGUGACAUCGAAGCCACUGCAGUGCAGUCCGUACGGCUCUUUGGCACGUUCCACCUGGCAUUGUCAGGCGGGUCAAGCCCCAUCGCCCUCUUCCAGCAGCUGGCCAUGGGGCACUACAGCUUCCCCUGGGCCCACACACACCUGUGGCUGGUUGACGAGCGCUGUGUCCCGCUCUCAGACCCAGAGUCCAACUUCCAGGGCCUGCAGGCUCACCUGCUGCAGCAUGUCAGGGUUCCCUACUACAACAUCCACCCCAUGCCGGUGCACCUGCACCAGCGGCUCUGUGCUGAAGAGGACCAGGGUGCCCAGUCCUACGCCAGGGAGAUCUCAGCCCUGGUGGCUAACAGCAGCUUUGACCUGGUACUGCUGGGCAUGGGCACCGAUGGGCACACGGCCUCCCUUUUCCCGCAGUCCCCCGCUGGCCUAGAUGGCGAUCAGCUGGUGGUGCUGACGGAGAGCCCGUUCAGGCCCCACCAGCGCAUGAGCCUCAGCCUGCCCCUCAUCAAUCGUGCCAAGAAAGUAGCUGUCCUGGUCAUGGGGAGGACAAAACGUGAGAUCACCACGCUGGUGAGCCGUGUGGGCCAUGAGCCCAAGAAAUGGCCCAUCUCAGGCGUGCUGCCUCUUUCCGGGCAGCUGGUUUGGUACAUGGAUUACGAGGCCUUUCUGGGAUGACAGGAGCACCCUGGCCUAGGUCACUCUCCAGCUUUCUGUCACCUGCUCAAUGUGCCCCAGCUCUCCAGAUCCUGGUGCCAGAAUCAGGCCCCAGCGAAGGGAGGACAGAAUUCUUCCCCACUUCCUGGGCCCCCUGGUUCUGUGUAAUUAUGGUGCCUAGACACAAAAACAAGGCAGAACUCGGACCUCUGCUGUGGAGAUGCCUUCAAACCCAUCAGGAAAGAGACCCUCAUCACUAUCUACAACACAGAAUAAGACAGCGAGCCUUUCACUGGUUCCUGCAGGAAGAGGGGCCAGAGUUGGUGGAGAGACUCCUGGAGAAUGCAGUGUUCUGAGCCAGGCAAGAAGAGCAGAGCCAGUCCUGAGACUGCUCCCUCCGGCAGUCUGCCUCUUCUGUAAUCCCU